GACCCACUCUUCCCAGAAGUAGAAGAGAUAUUGGGCCCCACCCUAGUACACCAACCUUGUACCCUGGUGUGGCGAGAUGUCAGUGUCCACGUCAAAUUAAAGGGUGGCAGCCUAAAGAGACUCGUAAAUAAUGUGAGCGGUAUCGCUAAGCCAGGAACGUUGGUGGCAUUAAUGGGACCCAGUGGUGCUGGUAAAACUACGUUAAUGUCAGCGCUAGCACAUAGAAGUCCAGUGGGAACUGUGGUGGAUGGUGAGAUAGCAAUGAAUGGUCAUCCAGUGGGAGACUUUAUGCACCAAGAGAGCGGCUACAUGCACCAGGAUGAGCUCUUCGUGGACAACCUGACCGUCAUCGAACACCUCACCAUAAUGCUUAAUGACUUCACUGCUGAAGAACUGACCUUUCCUGUGAUGAGAAUAUGGAGAAUGGGUCAUGACCCACCACAAGGGCCCUGUGUGGAUUGUUGGGUGUUAACGACUGCAGCUACAUAUGGAGGAGUCCGAGAUACUAAUUUCUUAUCUACCCAUCCUAUCACCGGCCCUUGCCCGCUUACGUAUGGAUCGUCGCACCUCCUCAUUGGCACGCAAGCGACGAGUCAACCAACUCCUCAGGCAACUAGCCCUAUACAGAAGCAGAUACACGCGUAUAGGCGGAUUGGACGGCCACAAAACACUUUCUGGCGGAGAGAGAAAGAGACUGGCGUUCGCCACAGAGGUGAGGACAAUGAUUUUAUUAAGCACCCUGGCCUCUUGUUCUGUGAUGAGCCGACAACAGGUCUGGAUUCGUCUUCAGCACAGAAGAUAAUGGAAUUACUGCGAGCCAGCGCGGUGCAGGGCAAGACCGUCAUCUGUACCAUCCACCAGCCGUCGUCAGAGCUGAUGGCACUAUUUGACAGACUAGUAUUGCUCGCUGAAGGGAGAGUGGCGUUCGCUGGCCACGCUUCUGCGGCACUUAGCUUCUUCGAGAGGCAUCCAGACAAGCGGUCAAGAGUGUAUGCGACCGUUUUGCAGUUAGCGACGCAGCUAAAGAACUUAAACAUGGAAAUACAGUUGGAGUUUCAUCUCAAUGACAAUGCGGAGCAGGACUCGAAAAUGGUAGGAAGAGAUAAUUUUAAAGCUCCAUUCUUCUUCACGAAGAUUGGAUGGCUGGUAUAUCGAUAUAUUAUAGUCAUCAUCAGGGAUCCAAGAGUACAAUUAAUUAGGAUAUUGCAGAAACUGGCUAUAGCACUGACAGCGGGACUUUGCUUCCUCGGCACGGUGCGUCUCACUCAGACAGGAGUUCAGGACGUGCAAGGCGCUCUCUUCAUCAUCAUAGCCGAGAACACCUUCAGCCCCAUGUACUCGGUUCUGCACAUGUUUCCUGAGGAAUUUCCAUUGCUCCAAAGGGAAUUGAAGGCGGGGUUGUACUCUACGCCCAUGUAUUAUAUCGCUAGGAUGGUCGCUUUGUUUCCCGGGUUGAUUAUCGAGCCGACUCUCUUCACUCUGAUCGUGUACUGGAUAGCGGGCCUCCGUAGUUCGCUGUACGCCUUCGGUUUCACUGUAUUCAUUGCCAUAAUGGUGCUCAACGUUGCCAUAGCCUGUGGUACGCUCAUUCUUCUCUUGCGCGUUUGGCUCAAUGCCUGUAGCCAUCGCGUACUUGGUGCCAUUCGACUACUCGCUCAUGAUGACAUCAGGAUUAUUCGUGAGGCUCAGCUCAAUUCCAAAGUAUAUAUCUUGGAUCCGACAUUUCUCGUGGCUGAUGUACUCCAACGAGGCCAUGAGUAUACUGCAGUGGGAUGGUGUUCAGGAGAUAUGGGAAUACCAGUGCUCUCCGACCCCGCACCCGUCUUGAAAAGGAAAACCUACUGCGAGUACCCUCCGUGGGGGGGAAUGGACCCGGGAUCCAGCAAAGAGCCCGCUGGAUCUAGCCUCACAUCAAAAACCUAUUUAAAUAUAUAUAUUAGUGAAAUAGGGAUGAGGAUGCGUGACAGGGCUGGAUUAGCCACGUAG